CAAGCCCUGUGAGUCUGGGAUGGACAAAGCCCCUGGAAGGUUGAACUCCGUGUCUGUGCCGGGACAUCAAUAACAGCUGAACUUUUCCCUCGCUAGGAAAUGAAUCCCUGUGGAGGCAACACCAAAAAGGAGCCUCAGACCCUCUAGGAGACACCUGAGGAGGAGCUGUUGGAGGAGAGACACAAACUAACUCCACGGGCCUGUAGUCCCUUACCCUUACUAACAAAUGUCAACAACUAGGGAGCAGCCAAUCUUCAGCACCAGGGCCCACGUUUUCCAGAUCGACCCGGCCACCAAACGGAACUGGAUCCCGGCCAGCAAACACGCCCUGACCGUCUCCUACUUCUACGAUGCCACGCGCAACGUGUACCGGAUCAUCAGCGUGGGGGGCACCAAGGCAAUCAUCAACAGCACCAUCACCCCCAACAUGACCUUCACCAAGACCUCCCAGAAAUUCGGGCAAUGGGCCGACAGCCGAGCCAACACCGUGUACGGGCUGGGCUUUGCCUCGGAGCAGCACCUCUCCCAGGUGCUUCCCAGCCCCAUCAUCAGCUCCAACGGGCCAGGAGAGGACAAACUGUUCCGGAGCCAAAGUGCUGACGUGGAGAUCACGACGGAGAAGGAGCGGCUGAAGAAGAUGCUCUCGGAAGGCUCUGUGAGUGAGGUGCAGUGGGAGGCCGAGUUCUUCAGCCUCCAGGACAACAACAACAAGCUGGUGGCUGCUCUGCACGAGGCCAACGCCAACGUGGACCAGUGGAAGAAGCAGCUCACGGCGUACCAGGAGGAGACGGAGACGCUGCGGCAGCGGGUGGCGGAGCUGGAGUCGCAGGGGACUCACGACUCCUCCAGCGACAACAACAAGGAGGAGCUGAGCCAGACCCUGGAGGAGCUGGAGCUGCUCAUCAAGGCUAAGGAUGAGGAGAUCCAGAUGCUGAAGAGCCAGAAGUGUGGCCGCUGGGAAGCAGAGGGGGAGCGGGAGGAGACGCUGCAGAAGCUGCAGGAGCUGGAGGCCCGGAACGCCGAGCUGGAGCAGCGGCUGCACUUGGCCGAGCAGAGCCUGGCAGAGACCCUGGCAGAGAGGGAGAAGAUGCAGAGCGAGGUGACCAAGGUGGCCGAGAUCAUGGACGUGAAGAUCUUCGAGCUCAGCGAGAUCCGGCAGGGACUGGCCAAGCUGGUGGAGAGCAACUGAGGGAGGGGAGCCCUGCCCUGGCAGGGGGGGCAGCCCGGGCUGGCACUGCUCCCCCCCAGAGCAACCACAGCCACCCCACAGCCUCGAGGCCUCCUUGGGCAGGAUUUGCCACCGUACCAGCAGCUGCCUGGGCAGCGUGGGGACCGGCCAGCCCGCCCAGUGCCCGCCCAGUGCCCGCCCAGUGCCCACCCAGCACCCGGGCACGGAGGAGCUGAGCUUUCCAGGGAGCACCCAAAGUCCCAGCCAGGCCUUCUCUGGACCCUGCCCUGGCCGUGGCACGGCCCAGAGGUGGCAGCUGUGCCCUCCUGCUGCCCUCCCACACUGUGUCCCCGGGGGUUUUUACACUUUUCUAAGGGGGAGGGGGCUGAGCAGCCUUUGUGGGUUUGUUUUUGGUUUUGUUUUUUUUUUUUUUCCGGUAGUUUUUUUAGGAAACCACUUGCCUUUUGCAAGUAAGCUACCUGUUUCCCCACCUAGGGAGGGAGGAGAGGUUCUAGCACACCCGGGACGAGUCUCUCCUUUUCUUCUUCUCCUUCCCCACCCAAAGUCCUUCCAACAGGAUCCAGUAGCUCUGCUCACUGUCGGGAGCAUCCCAAGGUACCCGAGCCCCCCCUGCAGAGAAGGGGCCUUUUUCCUGACCCUGUGUCCUUCCCACUGUUCACUCAUCCUCCAGAGGAAAAAAAAAACUGCGGGUUUUAAAGCCUUUAUUAGCUUAACGCAGUGGGAUUUAACGACUCGUUAAAACUUUCAGCUGAGCAGAGCAGAGGCUUCGACGGGACAUCCCCCAGGGCACGGCCACCAAGCUGCUGGAUUGGCACCUCCCCGGGCCUCUGAGGGCUGCAGUUAAUUGAAAUUAAAUGGAGCAAGCCACAGUUGC